AUGGCGGCGGCCGGAGAUUGGUUGACAAAAUCAUAUUCUUACUCGGGAAGGAAACUAAUUAUUACAAAGAAUAAUUGGUCCGACGUUCCCCCUGAGAUUCUCAGCCUAAUACUAUCCCAAUUGUUCUUCAAGGACCGCCACAAUUUCAAACUCGUGUGCCGGUCGUGGAGCUCGGUCGUCCCAAACGCGCCACAACUUCCACCGCCAGCCAACUCCCGUCAUCUCCACUCGCCGUGCCUAAUAAUCCCCCAGUCGAGCACUCCUAGCCGUUGGAAAAUAUUCCACUCUCUCCACAACGCUUUUUACUAUUUAGACGUCCCUCCCCAAGUCGAACACGCCGAAAUCAUGUUUUCGAAAGACGGUUGGCUCCUCAUGUCGGCCAGGUCCGACUUUUCCCCUAUGUUUUUCUUCAAUCCCCUGACGUGGGAGAGAUUCGAGCUCCCCCCCACUGACGAGCCUUUCGACUCCAUCUGCUUCACGUCCCCACCGACAACCGACAAAUGUUUUGUUUUCGGGAUCUUUGUCUUUGGGACCGAAUUCGGGCUCAUUCGGCUUGGGGACAUGCAGUGGGAGAUAGGUCCUUUCAACAGGGGUAGUAUUCAACCCAGGAUCUGCCCGCCGGUUUUCCACUGUGGGGUCUACCACUACCUGGGUAGCGGUGCCCCUCGCAGUAGGGACCUGGUCACAUUCGACCCAAUGAGAACGGGCCCUGCUCGGUGUCUGCCCAAGCCCAAGUGGACCCCUGAUGGAAACGAAGAGGACGAUGAUGAGGAUUAUGAGAAGGACCAUGAACUCUACCUUGCAGAAGCCCAAGGGGAGAUAUUGGCCGUGUUUGUGUACAAUGCCGAGAGGAAACUGAGCGUGAAGAGAUGGGAUUUCGGGGUGUCGCAUUGGAGGAGGGUCCAGAGUUUGGGGGGCAAGUGCAUGUACGUGAGCAGGAACGGCUCGUUUGUCGAGACUCGGCCAUGCCAUGGGUUGGAGAACAAGAUUUACUUGAACAAGUUUUUCGGGGAGAGUGGUGUGUUGUAUUCUAUGGCCACGGGGAUGUACCAUUCGAUUGAGGGGGGGUUUGCGAGCCGGGAUGGUUAUAGGCUCGCCUGUAAUUUCGAUUUCGCUACUUGGAUUAAGCUCAGAAACUAUUCCAAUUGUGUAGCAACACAUUCAAUUCUCGCCAUCACCUGCAACCCAAAGACGCAGACAACCCAAAGACACAGACAGAGGCCGAGAGACGCCGAUGCAAAGUCGCUAGUCGGGGGCGGCGACGGCCCCGAUAAACCCUUUCUGCAGAUUAUGCUUAUGAGCCAACCCAAAAGUCCAAUCCCAAAGUAA